GUGUUCUUGGCGACAAGAUUGUCGAUCCAUUCAUGACCAUCAUGGUCGGUAAAGAUAUGUGGGAUGCACUCGAAGCCAAGUUUGGAGUCGCGGACGCAGGAAGUGAGUUGUAUAUCAUGGAACAGUACCAUGACUACAAGAUGACUGAUGACCGCUCCGUUGUUGAGCAGGCUCAUGAGAUUCAGUCGCUCACUAAAGAACUUGAGUAUCUCAAUUGUGUGUUACCGGACAAAUUCAUUGUCGGAGGCAUCAUUGCCAAGCUUCCUCCUUCAUGGAGGAAUUUUGCUACCUCUCUGAAGCAUAAGAGGCAAGAGUUUACUGUUGUCAAUCUAAUUGGCACUCUUGAUGUGGAAGAGAAGGCGAGGGCAAAAGACACAUGUGCUCGUUUCCAUGAGGGGAAUUCCAGUGCCAAUUUGGUACAAAAGAGAAAUUUCCAAACCCACAAACCCAAGAACAAAAACUAUGCGGGCAAAGGAAAAUUUGAUGGCAAGUACAAAGCCCCACAACCUGUCAACUUCAAGAAGAAGAAGGAUACUUAUAAGAAGAAAGAAAAGUGCCAUGUAUGUGGCAGUGAAGAACAUUGGGCUUCAUCCUGCAAGGACCGCUGGGACAUGCGUCAGAAUGAGAACAAUAGCAAGACCGCUAAUGUUGUUAUUGGCGAUGUUGACAUGAAAGAUGUCGGGUCGCAAGAACUACACCCGUGCUGAUGGGAAACAGGACACAUGCUUCUGUUCAUGGUGUUGGUACGGUCGAUCUGAAGUUUACUUCGGGAAAUAUCGUGCGACUGAAGAACGUGCAGCAUGUCCCUGCUAUAAAUAAAAAUCUUGUCAGCGGUUCUUGUUUGUGUCGAGAUGGUUAUAAAUUGGUAUUUGAGUCCAAUAAGGUUGUAGUAUCUAAGUGUGGACAAUUUGUUGGGAAGGGCUAUGAGAGCGGAGGCUUGUUCCGCUUAUCUUUGUCAGACUUUUGCACUAAAGUUAUUAAUCAUGUUUGCAGUGAAACCGAAUCAAAUGUUUGGCAUUCACGACUUUGUCAUAUUAACUUUGGUGUCAUGACGCGGUUAGCAAAUUUGAGUUUAAUCCCAAAAUUUACAAUUGUCAAAGGUUCUAAGUGCCAAAUUUGUGUGCAAGCAAAGCAACCUCGCAAGUCUCAUGCGACUGUUGAGGCGAGGAAUUUGGCACCACUUGAACUCAUACAUUCAGAUCUUUGUGAGAUGAAUGGUGUGUUGGCAAAAGGUGGAAAAAGAUAUUUCAUGACUCUAAUCGAUGACUCUACUAGAUAUUGCAUGAUAUAUUUGUUGAAAACAAAAGAUGAGGCUUUGCACUACUUUAAAAUCUACAAAGCCGAAGC